CUUGCUGGAUUCAGAGAACCUAACUAAGGUUAUAGCGACUAUUGCCGUAGACUUCACCGUCGAUGCGACUUGGCGGUACCAGAAUGCGGUCUAUGUCGAGAAAGCGGGCGGCCAUGUCACCGCACCGGAAAACAAUUCCGCUUCAAGCGCGCCACUCAAAACAUGACAUUUUCUCGGGCUCAAACUUGGUCGGCAGUUCCCGCAAUAGUCGACUUCCGAGACGAGACCGAACUCACUGGCCGAGAAUAUCACGUUGAAACCGAACAUCGGAACCUAUCAUUGUCGCCAGACGUCUUGGGGAGAACCGAUUCAGUAUCUCCACCUUCCGCACCAUUAGGUCUUACACCGUUUACUCCCCCAGACCCAAAACAGGACCUAUACGCUGUUUUUGUCACCCCUAGUCCGUUCAUGACCCUUGAGCGUUUCUGGCCACUGAAUGAUUCGAUCGAGCCCUUGCUUCUGCAACACUUUACCAACGAGGUGGCCUGGUUUUUUGACUUCUGCGAUCGGGAGCGGCACUUUGCUGUUGAGGUUCCCCAUAGAGCCCGCAGUUGUCCUCCGUUGCUGGACGCCAUCUUUGCCAUAUCAAGUCGCCAUUUGAGCCGCAUCCGCAAACAUGUCGACCCUUAUCUCGCCGACAGGUACUACCAGAGGUGCCUCGAGUCUCUCAUCCCAGAGCUGGGCUGCGUCGGGUCUCAUUGCGUCGAUGACCUGUUGGCUGCCACCGUGGUGUUGCGGCUGCUCGAGGAGUUUGAUGUGCCCAUAUCAGGCUUGGAUAAGUAUCAGCAUUCCGUUGGCACCCGUGCUCUACUCCGAAGUCAGACGGCUCAGGUGCCGUCUGCUACGGGGCUCCGCCGCGCUGCCUCCUGGGCCGGCUUGCGGCAGGAAAUCUACGGUUCUCUGAACGCGCAGCAACCUCCGGCGAUCAAGGCUUCAGUUGAGCUGCUAAGCCAUCUUGAUUCCUCACAGGAUGACUGUGCCUGGGCUAACCGUGCUGUAAGUCACUGUCUCGAGGUUUUGGAAUUUUGCUUUGGAGAGUCUUGCAAAUCUACAGAGUCGUUCGAUGCUUUGCUCGCUAGCAAUGUGCAGUGGGACACAGAUCGCGCACCGUCAUACGAUCCCUUGUGUUUCCAGACACGCCCCGAGCAAGUCGAGCCUGACAAUAAUCCCUUCUGGGACAUACGUCUGCAUUCAUCAUGGCAUGUAAUGGGCUGGCAAUACAGAAACUUAGCCCGACUCCUCCUGAUCACACAUGAUCCCCAUAUCCCUCGAAUCGGCUUGAGGCGACAAGCAGCUGUAGAGAGGAUGAAUGAUGAGGCACGGUCCAUGAUCAAGAUGAUAUGCAGCAUAGCCUUGUCGAACCCGUCAACGCCAACAGCUAUGGUAGUUGCAUGUAUGGCGGUUCAAGUGGGAGGAGACCUGUUGGAGGACCCACGGGAGCGUCGAGCCGUAUUAGACCUAUUGGUAGAAUUAGAAGUAACUCACGGCUGGCCAACAAAGGAUGUCUUGUCGGCUCUGAUGGGUAUCUGGCCGGAGGCCGAGAUAAUGGUGGACCAUAGAGAAGAAUAAGAGCAGGGAUUAAUAAGCCUACAAAGCAACGAAGAAGGGGGAUAG